AUGGGUGUUAAAGCAGUAGGAAUCACACUGAAGUCAUGGUUUGUAGGCAUGAAUCAAUAUAAAUACUAUGAUAACAUGGAUAUUCACAGUAAUUGUCAUCUUUUGCUGUCUUCUGCAAAUAAGUUACUUGCACAAGAGGAUGAGAAACUGUGCUGUCCAACUUCCCCAUUUAGCAUUGGAGUUGUGUUUUUACUAGUUCUAACAACUCUGGACAUGUUCAACACUGCUUUUGUAUGUCCUGUUCACAGCUUUCAUCAUUAUUGCCAGCAUGAUUAUGUCAUGUUUAAGCAUGAUCUCUACUAUGCCCCAAAAUUUACCUUCACUUCCAAAUUUGAGUUGUGGGAUCCCAACACUGAUUGUUGCUCUUGGGAAGGAGUUACCUGUGAUGAUGCCAUUGGUCAUGUCAUCGGACUUGAUCUAAGCUACAAAAACCUUUCCGGGACCUUUCACUCCAUUUUCGAUCUCCAUCAUCUUCAGCGCCUUAACCUUGCUGGAAACAACUUCAACACCACUCUGCUUUCCUAUGGGUUUAAUGAACUCCAAAAUCUGACUCAUCUCAAUCUCUCCAGCUCAUGUUUCCAUGGCCAAAUUCCAAUGGAAAUCUCAUACUUAACAAGGUUAGUUUCUCUCAACCUCUCUUAUCAAGGCGAUUGCUAUUGGAGAAAUGGUGAUGAUUAUGAUUUAUCUACUUUGAGACUAGAGAAACCAAGCUUCAAGACAUUAAUCAAGAAUUUGAGGUUUCUCAGAGAGCUUCAUUUGGAUGGUGUGGACAUUUCAACUCAUAGUGCUAAAUGGUGUGAAACCACAUCUCUAGUACUUUCCGACCUACAAGUGCUGAGUCUCUCAAACUGUGGUUUAAAAGGUCCAUUGUGUCCUUCACUCUCAAAACUUGGUUUUCUUUCCAAACUUAUCCUUGACGGAAAUCCAAUCUCUUAUCUACCUCCCAAUUUCUUGAAAAUUUCCUCUCAUUUGGUUUCUCUCAGUUUGGCAGAUUGCAGUCUGAGAGGUCAUUUUCCAACAGAAAUUCUCUUGUUGCCGAAAAUUCAAAGCAUUGACCUUUCAUAUAAUUGGGGACUUGAGGGUCAUUUGCCUGAAUUUCCAACAAAUAGUGCUUUACGGAGUUUGUUACUUUAUGAGACAAAUUUUAGUGGCAAAUUACCUGAAUCAAUCGGUAAUCUUAAGUUGUUGAGGGAUUUAACUCUUGGUGGUUGCAAUUUGUUUGGAUCCAUUCCAUCUUCAGUCGCAAAUCUUAGUCACCUGGUGAACUUGGAUCUAUUUCAUAACAAUUUUAGAGGAUCAAUACCUUCUUCUUUAUUUACUCUUCCAUCAUUGAGGAUCUUAUCUCUCGUUGAAAAUCAAUUGGUUGGGAAAAUAGAUGAGUUCCCCAAUGCGUCUUUUUCAUUGAUUGAGGAAAUACAUUUAGGGAAUAAUUAUUUAACAGGAACAAUCCCGAAGUCAAUCCUUCAACUCCCAAGGCUUGAAGUGCUUUAUAUUGGAGACAAUAGCUUUAGUUCCAUGAAGCUCGACAUGUUCUUCCAACUCAACAAUUUAAGGGGUCUUGACCUAUCCGGUAUAAGCUUGUUAAUUGAAAGCGACAACACAAGUCUUACUGAAUUUCCCAAACUAGAGAUCCUAGUACUAAGGUCAUGCAACCUUACUGAAUUUCCAGAAUUCAUCAAAACACAAGACAAGUUGGUUGAGCUAGAUCUUUCUAACAACCAUAUCCACGGUGUUGUGCCUAAUUGGUUGUGGAAGAGCUCUCUUUCACUGGUAGACCUUUCUUUCAAUCCCAUUGAUUUUCCAAAACAGCUUCCCUUCGGUGAUGCAAACUUCUCUUUUCCAAAGAUGUUUGAAUUAGAUUUGAGAUCCUGUAACAUAAGUGCAUUUCCAGAGUUCUUAAGGAGUCAAGAAAACUUAGCAUUUCUCGACCUUUCAAAUAACAGGAUAAGUGGUGCAGUACCAAACUGGGUGUGGAGGAAAAGUUUGCGUGAUCUGAAUCUUUCUAACAACCAUCUCUCAUCUUUGGACCAACUUUUACCCAACCACAGUUCAACUUCUUUGCAAGGCUCCUUACCUAUACCUUCUUGUAAGAUGAGUCAACUUUGGAAUUUCGAUGCAUCUCAUAACAAUUUGAGCGGCCCAAUUCCAAAUUGCUUAGGUAAUCUGAGUGCUCUCCAAUAUCUGGAUCUUCAUGGAAAUAACUUGAGCGGAACCUUACCAAAAUUUUCAAAAGCUUCCCGACUAUGGUUUCUCAGAGUUAGUGAGAAUAGAUUAGAAGGGAAGCUGCCAAGAUCAUUGGUGAAAUGCACUCGACUUGUAGUUUUGAAUGUGGGAAACAACAUGAUGCGUGAUACCUUCCCUUUUUGGUUGGAGAAAUUGCCUGAUUUGGCAGUUCUAAUAUUGCGGGAAAAUAGAUUCUAUGGUCAAAUUAAACAUUUGAAACAUAAAAUCGGUUUCCCAGCUUUGGAUGUGUUAGACAUUGCUUCUAACCAAUUUUCUGGUGAACUAUCCAUUGAUUUCCUUAAUGCCACUCAACUAAGGUCGCUCAAAAUCGGUGGGAAUAAAUUGGAAGGGAAGCUGCCAACAUCAUUAGCCAAUUGCACAGAACUUGAGGUUCUGGACCUUGGAAACAAUAUGAUUCAUGAUACAUUUCCGUUUCAAUUGGAGAAGUUGCCUUCCUUGAAGGUUCUCAUUCUACGAGGAAACAGAUUUUAUGGUUCAGUCACAAAAUUUGACACUAAACGUGGUUUUCCAAAGCUACGCAUUUUGGACAUUGCUUCCAACAACUUUUCAGGUGACUUGUCCAUUGAUUUUUUGCAAAGUUUGAAGGCAAUGAUGCGGAUGACUAAUGACGAGAAAGCUAAGCUGGAUUACAUUGGAUGGCAGAACAGAAUUGCACGACUGUACUAUCAAGACUCUGUGACGAUUGUCAACAAAGGGGUUGAGAUGUUUUAUCAGAAAGUCUUGACCAUACUUACUUGUCUUGACCUAUCCGACAACAGUUUCCACGGGAGAAUACCUGAAGAAAUACAAAUUCUCAUGUCACUCAGAGUGCUAAACUUGUCCCAUAAUAGCUUCUCCGGCGAAAUCCCAGCAGAACUUGACAACCUAAAAGACCUUGAGUCCUUGGAUCUCUCACAGAACAAACUGUCAGGGAAGAUUCCUCCACAGCUUACAAGUCUAACUUUCUUGUCAGUAUUGAACUUAUCUUACAACCAACUUGAAGGGAGCAUACUACAAAGCAACCAAUUCAAUACAUUUGCAAAUGAUUCUUACUGGGGGAACCCAAAAUUAUGCGGAGCACCAUUUUCAAGGAAAUGCAAUGAAGUUGGUCUCCCAAUGCCACCUCCUCCAGGGGAAGAUGAAGAAGAAUCAUGGUUAGAUGUUAUGUCUACUUGGCAAAUUGCUUUGGUUGGCUAUGGAAGUGGUUUGGUCGCUGGGCUAUGUAUUGGAUAUACAGUGCUGAAUGAGUUGGGAAACAAAUGGGUUUACAAGUUGACAAAUCUUGGGAAAAGGAAUAGAAGAAGAACUAGAUGACUCCAUCAGAAUUCAUGAUUUAAAAUCAGAUGAACAUGGAAUGUAAAAUUAGGAGGUACAUGAGACAGGCCACGUCGAAGGACAGAUCGACAACUUGAAGAAAAUGGCCAACAAUCUGAGAAGAUAAUAAGGCCUAUAGACUGCAGUCUGUUAUUUGUUCCGAGAAAAAGGAAGUGUGGAUUGGCAGAGUAAAAUUCAGAAAAGGCUUAUCCCAGAACUGGGUGUGGAAGAGAAGUUUGAGUGAUCUGAAACUUGCUAAUAAUCAUCUCUCAUAUUUGGUCCAACUUUUACCCAACCAGAGUUUAACUUCUUCACAAGCCUCUUUACCUGCACCAAUUUGCAAUAUGAGACAACUUAGCUAUUUCAAUAUACUGUGCUAGUGGUUUGGUGGCUGGGCUAUGUAUUGGAUAUACUGUGCUGAAUGAGUUGGGAAACAAAUGGGUUUACAGGUUCAGAAUUCAUG